AUGGAUACGACGACGACGGAGGAGCGAACCGCCGGUUCCUUGACGACGACGACGAAAGAUGAGAGUUAUGAGUUCACGGCGCCACAGUGGUACGAUCUCGAAACGGAAGAGACGAAAUGCGAUAAACAACGAUCGGAGCUCUGGUUCGAAUCAGCUACAAGUUACGCUUCUUCUCUGAGGAGAUCAUUUAAGGUUGAGAGCAUGUGCAACUUCAGCCAAGUAGAAGAAUCAACUCAGUUGAAAGCUAAAGGAUCAUCUGAUGAACAAAACAAACAAGGAGAAUGCUCAUUUAAUGUAUCAAAUAAGAACGAGAAGAAUCAGAGCAACAACUAUAGCACAGAUACUCAAGAAUGUGACAGUUUCCAGGACGAGCAGGGAGAUAACAAGGAGAACAUUCCUCCAUCACAAUCUGGAGUAUCUAUAGUGACCAACACUACGAUGCAUCUAAAUUCUAUAAAGAAUCGGUCUGUGCUGAUGCCGAUUAAACAGCCACAGUCGUCACAGGCCAGAGGCACUAAUCAGAAAACCAUAAAGAGGGAAACGAGUGUUAAAAAGUUAGUUGGAACGUCCAAUCUGGUCCAGGAAAAUCAAGCCAUCAAAAGGCAAAAGCUUGAUGCUGGUAAAUCUAGAAAGAUUCUCAAUCCAAAACCAACGACUUUGCCUCACAAGACAACACAAGGUCUUGUUAACACGAGGUUCAACUUAUGCCCUUCAGUCACUAAGAAAACCAGGACAGAGAACAGAAAGGUUUAUGUCCGGGAGAAAGUUACUCCAUUUGUAUCAACUGCUGAAUUGAUGAAGAAGUUCGAAACAAGUACAAGGGACUUGUCACUGCCUCAUGUCAAGAACCAGCCUAGAACGAUGACACUUACAAGGCUGAACGAACCAGAGUUUGCGACAUCUCAGCGAACUCGUCCUGUGAGACUUAAAAGCACUUCAGAGCUUGAGGAGGAGAUGAUGGCAAAGAUACCUAAGUUUAAAGCACGACCUAUGAAUAAGAAGAUCUUAGAAGCUCCAGCUUUGCCCGCACCACAUAGAAGCACACCGCAUCCUCCAGAAUUUAAGGAGUUCCAUCUCGAAACAAUGGCACGGGCUAGCCAGCAUGCAGAGACAUCUUCAGUAGUCUCGACGGGAAUGCCUAAGCAUAAUGAUUGGAGGCCUCAUAUCACUGAACCAAAGAGCCCUUUGCUUCAAACAAUGCUGAGAGCUCGUCCUAUUAAAGCAAAAACUUCUACUGAAAUUGAGCAAGAGGAGCUCAAGGUGCCAAAAUUUAGGGCAAGACCUUUGAAUAAAAAGAUAUUCGAAAGUAAAGGAGAGAUGGGAAUAUUUUGCAACACUAAAAGACACGUAACCAUACCUCAAGAGUUCCAUUUCCUGACAGAUGAAAGGAUUUCACAGCAUAACUCUGUUAUAGAUUUAUUUGAUAAGCUCUCUUUGAACUCUGAAUCUUUCCGUGAACGGCCUCUACAAAGGAACACUGCACCAAAACCUUUCCUUCUGAGGACAGAAGAACGAGGUGCUGAAAAAGAGAAGAAGUUUGUGAUAGAAGUCAUACAUAAACAGAUAGAGUCUGAAAAGGCCAGAACUCCCAAGGCAACCCCAUAUCCCUACACAACCGACUAUCCCGUGUUCCCACCAAAACCAAAGCCUAAGCAAUGCACAAAACCAGAACCGUUCAAGUUAGAGAGUGUUGCUAGACACGAAGAGGAAAUGCGGAAAGAAACAGAGGAGAGGUUGAGAAUGGAGAGAGAAGAAGCCCAAAGAAGAGUCUUCAGAGCACAGCCAGUGAUUACAGAGUACGUAACUGUUCCUUUUGCUCUUUAUCCGCAGAAUUUCAUUUCAGCACUGACUUUGUAUAAAUCUCACCUCUUCAGGGAUCCUAUUCCUCUUCCGGAGAAAGUACGAAAGCCUCUUACAGAAGUUCAAGAGUUCACUCUCCAUGUGGACCAUCGGACUGUCGAAAGAGCAGACUUUGACCAUAAAAUCAAAGAGAAGGAGAUGAUGUACAAGAGAUACCGCGAAGAGACUGAAGCCGCAAGAAUGGUGGAGGAAGAGAGAGCUCUAAAACAACUGAGAAGGACAAUGGUUCCUCAAGCCAGACCGGUGCCAAAUUUCAACAACCCAUUUUUACCUCAGAAGUCAAACAAGGAGACGACAAAACCAAAGUCACCGAAGCUUAAACUGACCAGAAGAAGCGAGAGAAGAACAAUGAUGGCUUCCUCUUCUUCUACUUACAUGAGAUAG